CAAAUUUUCAGCGCGAAAGAAAUCGACAACAAUAAACAAAGAAAAACAUUUUAUUGUAGCUGUUUUUUUACACCAAAAUCAACAUGGUUAUGUACGAAAUUCAUUCGCAUCCUGUUUUGCAAAAGUACAAGACGCAUAUCUGCAGCAGAGCGAGUGUUUUUCAACUUUUUAUUGCCAUCUUUACCAUAAUUUUUCCACUUCUUGUUGCCUAUGCAUCGCAAGGAUUUUGGUUGAAAGAAGCAUCUUAUAAAGAACAACCUGAGGUCCACUUCAAGCAUCAGUUUGUUGUCCUACUGCAGGGAAUAACUUCAGAUUCAUACGUUGCUUACAGCAACUAUCAGAAUUUCAAUAAUCUUGUGAAUGACAAACUUCGUAUCCCUGUUGUCAAGUCUUAUGAAGAGGAUACAAAUCGUGAUGGCAAGAAAGAUGUUCUGCAUUUCACACUAGAAAUGCCAUUGAACAGUAAAGAAAGCAUUUACACAGCUCAACUGUUGUUAAUAUUUGAGUAUAAACUGCAGCGGUUUUCAACAUUGCUUAUGGAAAGUAUGGCGUUCAUUCAUCAAACCUCAGGCAUUCCAGGCGCACAAUUUAUCACAACUGGAGAACUAAGGCUGAAACAGAAAUACCUUCUUCGCCACAGCGGCAGAACAACAACGUACAAUACACCGGUUAUUGAUAGCAAAAGUGCAUUUGCUGAAGCAUACAAUUUUGUUAAUAUCUUCGACAAGUACUUCAAAAGAAAUGUGACAACAGAAUAUGUAAGUGCCUACCCAAUCUGGAAGUCUGGACGUAAUACUGAAGCUCCGUUCAGACUCAAAGCGACAAUAUAUUAUCCUGAAGAGAGAAUAUUUUAUCGUCCAGGAUUUUGGCAGCUCAUCAAAUAUGCUUGGAUCCAGUACUUGGCCGUGCUCGUCAUAUUUCUAGCCCUCUUUUCAAGAAUUAAAAGAUUCGUCUUUGAAAAUCAAAUCGUCAUGACCGUCCCUCAAAAACUUAAAACGGAACAUUUGGAGUGAAAUGGUGGAAAGACAACAUGAAAGGUUGUCACGUAUUGCACGAUCUUCUGACAGGACAGUCGGGAUGAUAAGACGAUCAAAUGGUCGGGUGGAUCGAACUCUCACAUGAGAUUACAGGAAUUCAUUCACGAAAAAUUCUUGGAAUUUACAAUAUUUUAUCUAGUGUUUGAAAAUUUCCGUAUAUGAACACGAGUUCUAUUUAUUAUAUAUAUGAACAACAGUUGUAUUUUAAUGUAUACAGUAGCUAGCUAAGCUAACUUGUUUAAA